GUGGUGGAACCAUCUUAACUCAGUCUUUGUGUGUGAUGGUUGGCUAGUUGCCGUCGUUGGAAGACGUGAUCCGACUCAAGAUCGACAAGGCAUUUACCGACGCGAUUGAACUGUCGAAGGAGAUCGACACGUAUCACGACGUGGCCGCGGCGGCGAUGAAGUGCAUCGUGCUCGGCAUCGAAAACAUCCUGGACGACGACUGGGCCACCAUGCAACGAGUGAACUGGGGUACCGUCGAAACGGUGGGCGACGAGAGCGCGUACGUGCUGGCGAUCGCCGACAAGCUGCGUCCGUACGUCCCGACGCUGCGCAGCAUGCUCUCGAGUCUGUACUUUACCAACUUCUGCGACAAGUUUGCGGCGUCGGUCGUGCCCAAAGUACUCCAGAGCAUCGUCAAGUGCAAGCGCGUCAACCACGUCGGCACCCAGCAGCUCCUCUUGGACGUGUAUGCGCUCAAGACGCUAUUUCUGAACCUCCCUGUGAUGGGCAAGGAAGGCGAGGUUGGUGCGACGACGGUACCUGCGCGGUACACCAAGUUUGUCAGCAACGAAAUGGCGCACGUCGAAGCCGUGCUCAAGUUGAUUGGCACGCCGAAUGAAAUGCUUGUCGACAGCUUCAAGAUCAUGUGGCCGGAAGGCACGGCCGAGAACUUUCAGAGCAUUUUGAACAUGAAAGGACUGAAGCGGCAAGAACAGUUGGCGCUCCUGGAAGCGCUGGGCCUGCAGCAACGAAAGGCCCCUCCCGCCGCUGCAAAGCAAAUGAUCGAAGGCAAAAUGACAGACAUGACGGAAAGCUUGAAGUCCAAUAUGCAGAAAAUGGCCAAGGCCAGCAACCCGUUCAACUACAUCAACACGACCAACUAGAUUGCUUAAUCACGUUGAUAAGUAUCACAACCUACCGUGCAAA